GGAAAAUAGGCAUUCACAAAGUCACCAGCACUGGUGCCAUGCUCCGAAUCUGCAGUGGAGGAUGGAGCCAUGUCAACAUUGGUGGGGCAGAGUAGGGAUCCAUGAUGAUCGCGAGCCUCAAGCCCUCGCCUUCUGCAAACGUUGGGAUGUGAUUUGGUCCUGGCUCCCUGUGGUCACUGGCUUCCUGCUGAUGUCUGAAAACUUGCGGCAGUGCCUGUGGAAGUGCAAACAGCAUUGGCCAAGGAUGGAUAAGAUGAUGCUGCUGCCAAUCGCGGCCUUUGGAAGUUCGAUCUUUCCCAUCUUUUAUAACCAUUGGAUGCUGUUCAUGUAUGUGAACGACCAUUGGUACAGUCUAUUUCCAGUUCAGCUUCUCUUUACGGUCACGGACAACGUCGCCUUAGUCCUGCGUUUCUGCGACGUGUUGCCGGAGGUGCGUCUGGCGAUUCACAGCUGUCACCUGCUCUUCCUCUUGGUCGUUGAGAGCGAAGCGUUGAAGUACAUUGGUUUCAUCAUCGACGACUCGGUGGGUUUGGCCUACGCCUUGUGGUAUCACCCAGCAUCCCAGGCCGGCCAGGCCUACCUUCGGGUGCCCCCGGAGGUCCUUGGAAGGUCCGAGCCCGCCGAUGCCGAUGCCGAGGACGUGUCGAAGGAGCGAGCUGUUCGAAGUGGGCCGAUCUCGUGGGGAAUUCCUCGGGCAUUGAGGUGGUGGAUUGUUGCCGCCACAGUUCUGCUCAUGGCACUCAUGAGUUUGCUGGUUCGGAGCCACGCCGAACGCAUCACCCGUCUCUAGUCAGGCCUGGCCUCCAGUCGUUGUCGUCGACUCCUGGAAAAGAGCCGUUGAAAGUGGUCAGGUCACAUGGACACCACCAUC